AGAUUCCCUCCUUUUCAUGUUCAUGCUCAUAAGUCCUCUGCUUGCAAUGCAUGGACAAUGUCUGCUGCUGUGAGACUUAUCAGAAGAAUGCUGAGCCCAAGGAUAACUCUAGCAACCUUUGUGGUCUUCAUCUCAACAUAUCACUGUUCAACAGCAAAUGAUGCACCAUUCACACUCAUUAACAAAGCAACUGGUUUUUGUCUGGUGAAAAAAUUGACCCGUUGCCUUGACCUGCGCUGGACGACCGGUGAUCGCCUUUUUGCUACAUCGACCAGAAAGUGCCUCGGAGCUCAGGGCAAGACUGUCGGGAGUGAAGUAAGCCUCUAUGACUGCAAUGACAGGAGUGACCUCCAAAAGUGGGAAUGCAAGAAUGAAACACUGCUUGCCCUCAAAGGCUCACAGCUCUAUAUCGAAGUAAAAGCCGAUGAAUCGAUUGCUCUCUCCAGAACUAUCACUCCGAAUAAUGAACUCACAAUCACAGGGACAUCUAGUGGUGCUUGCACAAGAACAUACAGAGAACUUUAUACCAUUGAAGGAAAUGCGUUUGGUAAGAUCUGCAUGUUUCCCUUCCUGUACAAAGACCGAUGGUAUGGAGACUGCACAACUUACGACUCGUCAGUGAAGCGUCUUUGGUGUGCAACUGGAACAAAAUAUGAGCAUGAACAGUGGGGAUACUGCCCGACCUCUUCGACUGACCACUGGGCAAAAAACAUUGUAACUGGAGCGUAUUAUCAGAUCAACUCACAGUCAUCUCUGACGUGGGCUCAGGCUGACGCCAGCUGCAAACAGCAGGGUGCCUCCCUGGUCAGUAUCACAGAUCCCAACCAGCAGGCUUUUAUGUCAGCACUACUGGCAUCAGGGAAUUUCAGACUUUGGAUUGGGCUGGUCCUGGACCCAGAACAUAACUGGCAGUGGACUGAUGGAAAGCCCUUCCGUUAUCUGAGAUGGACUACAGGAAAUCCACUUCCUAAUCCGGGACACAACUGCGCAUUUCUUGACUCCACCGGGCAGCAGUCCUGGCUAAGUUCAUCCUGCGGCAAGAGAAUGGGCUACAUCUGCUACAAAGACGGGGCCCCGCCAACUCCUCCACAAAUUGAGCAAGGAUUUUGUCCGAGCCCUUGGAUUCCUUACAACGGCCACUGCUUCCACCUUCAACGCGUUGCUAAAACAUGGUCUGGUGCUCAGAUAGAGUGCCGCAAAGAAGGGGGAGACCUAGUCAGCAUCCGCAAUGCGGAGGACCAAGGCUUUGUCAUCUCUCAACUUGGAUACGCAUCCACUGAUGAGCUUUGGAUUGGACUGAAUGACAUCAGGACAGAAGGGCUGUUUGACUGGAGCGACCACUCCUUUGUCAGCUUCACAAGCUGGGCGUAUGGGAAACCUUCGCUCUCUGCUGAUACUGUGGACUGUAUUCUAAUGACGGGAGAGAAUGGAAACUGGGCAGAUCGAUUGUGUGAUGAGAAACAUGGCUUUAUCUGUAUGAAACAGAGUGAAACCGAAAGGCCGGUAGAAGAAGUAGAUGUGGAUGCCGGCUGUGAAGCUGGUUGGAAAAGGCAUGGCUCCUACUGCUACUUUGUAGGAACACACACAAAGACGUUUGCUGAAGCCAAAACUAGCUGUGAGGCCACACAGUCCUACUUAGCCGAUGUUUCAACUGGGGUGGAUAAUGCGUUCCUUGUCAGCUUGGUGGGGAUGAGAUCAGAAAGACACUUCUGGCUUGGCCUCUCAAACCAGAAAAAUAUUCAUGAGUUUGAGUGGACCAGUGGAAAGUCAGUGAGAUAUACCCACUGGAAUACUGGGAUGCCAGGUAACAUUCAGGGCUGUGCUGCCAUGACAACUGGGAUCUUCGCCGGACUCUGGGAUGUGCUGCCCUGCACCAAUAGUUCGAAAUACAUUUGCAAACACCUGGCAAAAGGGGCAGUUUUGACCGCUGCACCACCCACUCAAUCUCCUCCCCAGUGUCCAGAUGGUUGGAUUAAAGUGGGAUCAAGAAACCUCUGCUCUAAGUUUUUUACAGGGCCUCGAGCAAAUGAAAAGACCUGGUUUGAGGCCAGGGAUUACUGCAGGGCCAUCGGAGGAGACCUGCUCAGCAUCCACAACUCCGCUGAGCUUUUGGUUGGACGAUAUGGAAAAGCUUGGAUUGGACUUCGUGCUCCUGACCCGACAACUGGUUAUGUUUGGAGUGAUGGUAGCCCGUUUAACUUCCAGCACUGGCAGGAGGGAGAACCAAACAAUCACAACAAUGAUGAAUCUUGUGCUGAGUUCAGACUCUAUAACUGGGAUUCAGCUGGGUCUUGGAACGAUGUGAACUGUGAGAGUUACAAUGACUGGAUCUGUCAGAUCCGUGCAGGAGUGACUCCACAUCCACCACCAAAUAACACCGCUGUGGAUUAUAACAUAACUUCUGAUGGUUGGCUUGAGUGGAGAGGGAAGCAAUAUUAUAUCAACAGAAACUCAAUGCCCAUGGAGGAUGCUCAGCACUUCUGUAAGCAGAGACAUGGUAACUUGGUAUCCAUCUUGAGUAAAGAAGAAAAUACCUUCUUAUGGAAACAGAUUUCCAGAACCUAUGGGUCCUAUUAUAUAGGCAUGUCAGUGGAUCUUGAUGGGUCAUCUUGGUGGAUGGAUAAUUCUCUAAUAGGGUUACAGCGAUGGGACGAAAAUCAGCCAAGUUCUGAAAGCUUUGACAAGAACUGUGUUGUUAUGACUUAUUAUAUGGGUUUCUGGAGAACUUGUAAUUGUGGCCAAGAGGAAUAUUCCAUUUGUAAACGAGGGAACAACCCACCUGUCAACACCACUGCAGCUCCCACAGUUCCUCUUAAAGGUGGCUGCCUACCUGGGUGGAAGAAAUUCGACUCCAUGUGUUACAGUAUCAAAACCCAGAAGAUCAGAUGGGAGGACGCUAGGAAACAGUGCUAUAGCAUUGGAGGCAGUUUAGUCUCGAUUCCCACAAGACGUGUGCAAGCAUUUUUGAUCACCACAUUGGCUGAAACAGCAGCUGGAGACACGUGGAUUGGUUUAAAUAGUUUAAAAGAAAGUGGAUUUUAUUGGACUGAUGGAAAACCAAGGCGAUACACCUACUGGGGCUAUUCUAAAGGUCGACGUCAUCCUGGGUCCUUUUAUCAAAGAUGGGAUGAGGAAGACUGUGUUGUGAUGACCAGUAAUUCUGUUAUUGGCUUAGGUAAAUGGUUGGUUAAGUCUUGCAAUGACACCAAUGGAUAUAUCUGUCAUCGAAAUGUUGAACCAACUUUAAAGCCUCCACCAGAGCCAACAAUUCCUAACAUCUAUGUGUCUCUGGGAAAUGACAGCGUCAAGGUUGUGACUAAAAAUCUGACCUGGGAAGCCGCUAAGAAACAAUGUGAGGGUGACAAAGCCACCCUGGCUAGCCUGCGUAAUGACUGGACUCUGGCCUAUGUCGAGCUGUUGACUAUGAAUCUCAACGCUCCUGUUUGGAUUGGACUGAACAAACAGCAGACUCAAGGUUAUUUUAAGUACAUUGACAACUGGCACCUGAGUACUACCAACUGGGCUGAAGAUGAACCGAGCAGGGGCAAACCUUGUGUGUACGUGGAUGUGGAUGGGAAAUGGAGGACUGCUUUCUGCAAUGAGACCAUGAACAGCGUUUGCAUGCAGUCUACAGAUGUGCCACCAACACAGUCAACCGUGUUCCCAGGAGUUUGCCCAGAAGAGACCAAUGUGGAGUACCGCCCGAGUUACACCUGGGUGCCAUAUAAGAGUCAUUGUUAUUUGUUUGUCACAGAGGAAAUUGAAUGGGCAGAUGCAGCUAGCAGCUGUGUAAGGCACGGUGGAAUACUGGCCAGCAUCGGAGAUCCUGAGGAGCACAAAUUCAUUAAUAACAAUAUUGAAACAUUUAAAGAUAGUCACACUUCUUUCUGGAUUGGCCUGUAUAAAACGCACAAAGGGACAUGGAAGUGGUUGGACAAAUCAGUCAUGGAGUACACCAACUGGACUUUAGAUGAACCUCAGUAUGACUUUGGAGAGAUCGGAUCCACAGAUGGGGCUUGGAAGACAGGACGUAGAUGGCACGACAGAGCAUACAUCUGUGAAACACCCAAAGUGAUGCCUGGUGUUUCAGACUCAAAUAGUGAGUCUAUCAAAGAUAAGGAUUCUCACAGUCGUGUCCACACAAGUUUGGUAGUCGUGCUGGUCAUCACUGCAGUUUCUACGGUGAUAGUCAUUGGAUUCUUCCUCUACAAGAAGUCUCCUGUGCCCUUACCUACAUUCGACAAUCCACUCUACUUUGACAGCGAGCGGUCCCAGCCUGAUGUGGUCGAUACCAAUAAACUGAUAGAGAAUGCAGAGGUAGAAAACCCUGAGCCUAUUAUAACUCUGUGAUUUACAAGGUAGCAGUAUCUAGUGGGACAUACACUAUACUGUACUGUCUUCAGGACUGAUGUAUUACAUAUUGAUGCUUCAUCUGUGUUUUAUGCUGUUUUUUGUUUUUUUGUUUUUUUACUAUAUACAGUAUAUAUUCAGUUAUUUAACAAUAUGUCACUAAGUGUGAGUUUCAACGGAGUUGGCAAUGUCUGACCUCAUGGAACAGAACAAUUUAGGCUCUAGGAUGUCUCAAUGGGAAUGAUUUGUAUUUGAUUUUUUCUUCUGUGAUUCAAUGUUAAUAAGACAGCCCUGUGACGAAACGGCUUGGUCAGGGUGUAGCCCACCUCUCGCCCAAUGUCAGCUGGGAUUGGCUCCAACCCCUUUCACAAUAUCAGGAUAAGCGGUUAUGGAACAUGGAUCGAUGGAUGAAUGUAAAUAAGUGUUACAUGUUGUGCUUAUACCCACUAGAUGCUGUUCAUUGCUUGUACUCUGUAACUGUGUCACAGUUAAAUAAAUAUUAAACUUGUCUCAAAACAUUA